ACCCCUGGUUCUGAGCAGAACAAGAGAAAAAGUGCAAAGCUAUUAUUUAGUUCCGAAAGGAAAUACGUGCGUGUUAAUUUGAAAGUACCCUGAAUCGAGAGUUUCUAUUUCCUGUUAAACGGCAAAAGAAAAUUUGUAGCCACAUUAGAGGUUUUGGUCAGUUUUGUCUGAAAUUUUAAGUGUUUUGCUGCAGUCAACAUGAAUUUUAAGAUACGUCCUGCUAUUAAAGAAGACUGCAAAGAAAUAUCCAGGAUGAUUAUGGAGCUGGCGGUUUAUGAAAACAUGCCCGACCAAGUCAAGAUAACCCAUGAAGAACUGGAGCGUGACGGUUUCUGCGAGAGCCCCUUUUUCGAGUGUCUUGUUGCAGAAGUUCCUGAGGAGCACAAAUCAAAAGAAGGGUUUACAGUCGUCGGAUAUGCGCUUUACUUCUACACAUACAGCACUUGGAAGGGACCCUCAAUAUUUUUAGAGGAUCUCUAUGUGAUGCCAGAAUUUCGAGGAAACGGCAUUGGCAAAGGGUUACUUUGCAAAGUUGCUGAGGUAGGAAAAAAGAAGCAGUGCGUGCGGCUGCAGCUGUCUGUGCUGGACUGGAAUACACCCUCGCGAGAUUUUUAUGCGGCUAAAGGAGCUCAGGAUCUUACUGUAAGCGAAGGCUGGCACGCCAUACGCUUCGACGGACAAAGCCUGGAUAAUUUAGCUAACGAAGCUGCUAAAAUUUAAAGGGUUGAUGUCUGCUGUUAUCAUUUCUGUUCUUUUUUUUUUAAAUAAAUCAUGAAUUUGUCAUUUAAAUGACUUGGAUUUUGUACGCUGCUUUUUAAGAAAGAAAUCCAAUUUCUUAAAAUAUUUUAUCUAAUGUGAAAAAUGUUUAAGCUAUUAUUCAGGGAUUAACCUUACCCAGUAGAUCUGUCUGAAGAAUCUGUGAGAUGAGAUGGAUACAUUUGGGUAAAUUCUACAUUUAUGAAUUGUGGCAUGUAAUGACACAACUAUCCUGUAGGUGGCACUAGCCAACAGCUUUAUCCGUUUCCUUAAAAGUCUUGAAGAUCUUUAAUUUCGAAGACUGAAUUCUAAUUAACUUGGCUCUGAUUACAUCAAUGAUAGGAAGUAAGAUGUUUAAAUUUUUACAUUUCUCCUCAAACUUAUGAUAAAGUUAUGGAUUUGCAAUUGGGAAACAAACAUUAAUCUCACUGUAAUCCCAUCAAUUUUGUGCCAUUUCUCAGUAUAUGAAGUACGCUGGAAUCAGAAAAACAUUGUUUACACACUGAAAAAUAAAAUCGAGUUUAAAAAACA